UCUAAACUCUUAACAGAGCUCUUUGAUUAUGUCGAUUGUCGAGUCGAGUCGGAGUGCGGGCGGACAGCAUGGAUGUUGAAGACAGUUACCGUUACCGCACUUCAAAACCGUAUCCAAACCGUCAGUACGAUCGAAACUCUCGUCGCACGUUACUUGCGAGUUGCGGUUGGGGUCGUCGGGCUUUUAAAAAUGGCGGUGCUGUGCAGGUUUCGUGGUUUCGCGAGAAAAACUAAAUAUCUUCAGGAAACCCUGUUUCUAAACGAUGUCACCUCUAGUUCAUCAGCUUCCCGGAGUCUUUGCACAUAUGUGCAGCAGCCCAAGUCAAGAAGUAUCCUGAAGUUUAGUUUAAUCGGAGCCGGUGUCGGUGUUGUCGCGGGAGCAGGUUAUGCUAUCUCCAAGAUAAACGAUGCGAGGAAAAAAUUGGCCUUAGAAGGCACCGAAGUCGAAGUAAAGGUCCUAAAAUACAAACCUGAUGUCAAGCCCUCCCGUAAGAUAGUUUCACCUGUUGAUACAACAGGAUUAAAAUUAACAUUAUUCCAGUAUCAAACUUGUCCAUUCUGCUGCAAGGUAAGAGUUUUAUUAGACUACUAUGGAUUGUCCUAUGAUGUUGUGGAAGUUGACCCUGUGCUUCGGCGUGAAGUCAGCUGGUCUGACUACAGAAAGGUGCCUAUACUUCUGGCAAAGGUUAAUAAAGGAUACCAGCCACUGAAUGAUAGCUCUUUGAUAGUAUCAGUUUUAGCAUCUUUUCUGCAUGAUAAAUCACAAAAAAUAGAUGAACUUUCAAAGUGUUACCCAGUUAUUGCGAUGCAUGAUGAAAAGGGAGUAUUUAAACAUGAGAUUGUAAAUAAAUAUUUCCUUAUGUAUCAAAAUUCUACGCCAAAAGAUAGAAGCUUAAAUGAUAUUGUUGAGGAACGAAAAUGGCGAAAAUGGGCAGAUGAUGUUUUUGUACACACCCUUUGUCCAAAUGUGUAUAGAACUUUGGGAGAAGCGUAUCAAACAUUUAAUUGGUUUUCUGAUGUUGGUCGUUGGGAAGAAUACUUUCCAUCAUGGGAAAGAGCAAUAAUGGUCAACGUAGGAGCUUUAGCAAUGUGGUUGAUUUCAAAAAAACUAAAGAAAAGGCAUCAUCUGAAAGAGGAUGUACGAGAAUCUUUCUAUGAUGAGAUCAAUAUUUGGUUGAAUGCCAUCAAAGCUAGAGGUGGAACUUUCAUGGGUGGUGCUAAUCCUGAUUUAUCAGAUCUUGCUGUAUACGGAGUAUUAAAGUCAAUUGAAGGCUGUGAGGCAUUUCAAGAUGCAUUAAAAUAUACACAGCUAGGUACAUGGUACAAUGCUGUAAAAGAGAAAGUUGAUUCUCAUGCAGGUAGUGUUUACUUAAGCAAUUAAUAAGGAAUUACCACAUGCAGCACUUUGUACAUUUUCUUUUAUUUAUUCAUCUUAUUAAAAAAUAACCUAUUGUUAAAAAAAUAUAUAAUUUUCAGUAUAAAAAAGCUGUUUAUUUUAAAUAGAACAUAUCAUUUGCUUGUACAUAAGAGAGAAACCUUUGUUCUCUGUAUCAGUUGUAGUAGUACCUUCUUCAGUGUCAUCAGUGACAACGUAUAAAACAAAAGGUUUUAAAAAAGCUAAAAAAAAAUAUUUUCACAUUAAAAA